ACUACUUUUGUUUAGGUUGUCUAAAUAAGCUCAAGCACUGUGUCACAUUUUAACGUUUGAAGGCCGUUGGCCAUGUGGUUGCUCUUCUUGGUUGCUUCCAUCGUUUUUGUUCCAUUACACUGUAGUGAUUAUCUAGAAAUACAGAAUGUGCAACCGAUAACAAAGGAAAUGCUUGAAAAUCCCAGAUCAUCCAAUUUUCUUGUUAUUUUCCAUCGGACAUCUUGCCCUGCUUGUCAUUCAUACUUGCCAAUAUUUAAAAAACUGGUCGCUAAAAUUUCUGACUGGACCAAGGACGUUAUCAUUGGCGCUGUAGACUGCGACGAUCCAAAAGAUGAAAUGCUUUGUGAUGAACAAAAUAUUCAUGGUGUCCCUUCAAUUCGGUUUUAUUCAAAACAAUCUGAAGCAAGCGAAAACUUUCUAAGAGGAGAGUUCAUCGUUCCUUCUCGAGAUGACGAGAUUUUGGGCAAAGCUGUCCAUGAUAUUCUCGUAAAGAAUAUGCUGAUCCCAUAUGAUAGAAGACAAAUUGUGCGCAAUAAUACAACUGUCUAUGAGCCCAAAGAAGCCAAGAGAGCAUCAGGGGAACAACUUUAUCCAACCAACUAUAGGAUUGAUCCGGUGUAUGCAGAUGAUAUAUACAUUUCGUUAUCAAAAUUACUUUUUGACGAUAUCAGCUCACGGGUCUCUUUCAACGAAGAGGAUGUGAAAUCCGUACAGGAAUUCAUGCAUAUGCUCAAGCUACUAAUGCCAGGGAGUCCGUACUACAAGAGAAAAAUCGCCGAGUUGUCUGAUUGGGUGGAUCGACAAGAUACGCUUACUGGAAAACAAUGGUCGCAACAUUUAAAGGAUAUGAAGUUUCCCGUCUACCGAGGUGAGCACGUUGCUUGCAAGGGUAGCAGUCCUGGAUACCGCGGGUACACUUGUGGCCUCUGGCUAUUGUUCCACAGUCUUACAGUGCGACAUUUUGAAUUGGCUUCAGCUUUAGCUAAGACACCGGGGGACCUGGUUGCUCAUGCAUUACAUCGCUUUGUGCCGCGAAUGUUUUCUUGCCGCACAUGCGCAUUUCACUUUGCCGCAAACACGGCUAACAUAGCACGGCCUGGCGAGGAUCCUUUGAAUCUGAAUCGCGAAUCACCAAGCCCUGACGAUUUCAAAUGGGAUCCCGAAGUUGUGAAGCUGCUUCCAAAGGCUCCAACUACGCCUCGUGAAGAAAUUUUAUGGCUGAAUGCAGUACACAACCGAGUAAAUAAACGUUUGGCUGGUGACAGUACCGAAGACCCAGAGGCACCGAAAGUGCUUUAUCCUCCCGCGGUGGUUUGUCCCGGUUGCUGGUCCAAGAAUUCCGAUGGUCAUCCGAUUCUCGGCGGAACAGUAGAAGCGAACGAUAGACUGCUUGCCUUUUUGGUCUCUCAGUACCGCUCGUCUUCGUGGAAGGUGUACAGUAUAGGAGAACACUUCUUUGAUGUAUUAAGUUUGUACGAAACGGAACAAAAAACAGUCGAUACAUGGCUCAUCGUUUCUUCCGUUUUAAUCACUGUGCUUGCCAUCGGCGCCAUACUAGUACUCGCACGACUAAUAUGGCCAUUCCGAAGGCGACGUUAUGCUGGUGCCGAAUACCGCUCUGCACAAGCAACAGGCAAGCGACCGGUACAAAAUGGUAGCAAUUCAGACGUCUGAACUGGUGAUGCGACCGUGCUGAUUCACAAUCCAGCAACUCGUCCCACUUUUUUGCCUCUUUAUGCGUCAGCUUGCUAGGACUGCAAUACAUCUUAUACAUCUAUACUUCAUAUAAACUGCAUUUCAAUCGGUUUUCGAUGACUGAUUUAUACGAGUUUGCCCAACUUUUGCUUUUAUGCCUUUGUACCAUUAUGGAUACAGCUUCCCCCCUUAUUGUUCACCCUCCAUUCUCUCAAGUAGCCUGCAGUGCUUUCAUUGUCCAUCUGCCCUAUUGCGUACUUAUCUCUAUUAUUUCGUGUCUAUUUGUUAUCCCGUCAAAACCUCCCAUAAAUCGUAACUGACAUUCACUUGUUAUGCACACCGGUUAUGGCAUGAUCAUUCUAAGAUUUAGUCCCAGCUUCGGUCAAUUGAUCCAAUGCAGCUACGUCUCUCCUCC